AUGGCGACGAAAGGUUGCCUUAUUCGCGAGUUCCCUGCCACCGCGGCAGAAGUCUCCGACAAAGACUUCAACGAUUCCUCCUUCCAGGAGGUCUUUGCUAAAACUCUUGUCAAAAUGAGUCAUCAAGCCGUAGCAGAAAUGCAGCCCAAAGUGAAGAAAGCACAGCAGAUGCACAAUGAGGAGCGCGACACAACAGAUCCUCGUAUCGUCACCGAGCUGCUGACAAGCUUUCUGCGAGGUGCUGGGACACCUACUGAGAUCAAGGCCGUUCAGAAGAGAACGCGCGAGGAAGUUUCGUGGAAUAAAAGCAGAGAUCCGUGGACGAGAUCUCCGCUGUGGCUUCUUCUUCGCGUGGGAGUCCAGCUCACCCUGGCCUGCCAUCCACAAGGAUCACAGGAGUUGUACAAGCGCUUUAUGGUGUUCUUGAUAGCUCAGGCUCUUCAGCUUGCCUGUGAGAAGUCGUCAUCUAGUGAGAUUAUUCAUUUGAUGAUGGCCAAGAUCUCAAGACGGCUUUGCAAGCUGGGGGAUAUCAAGGAUGGGCCAUGGCUUCAUGUUAUCAAGGGUAUCGUCUCAUCGGCUUCGAGAAAUUUGGAGGAGAGGUGGAUCAAUAUCCAGCAACGAAACGAACAGCCACUUGAUCUCGGUGUCCUAGCUGAGUUCAAGUUCGAAGAGCAUACCGACUUCUCGUUGCCUGAACUCGAUACCUUCCUCGCAGCUAUUCCCCGGCGGCAGCAACUAUCAGCAGCUAAAGAAUUCAAGGCCAAGCCCAUUGCUUUGGCCCUAGACCCUUUUACUCUCCCUGGAGUCAAUGGUUCUGUCAAUAAUGACAACAUAUCUUUCGAGCUCGCAGCUGUUGAGGCUUGGGUAGAGAAUAAUCUCAGCACAUGGCUUGAACAUCACUUAAACAGCGAUCAAUCAUGCCACGGUCUGAACACACUGCUCGAGCACUACCAUAUGUCUGCGGAUAGAUGGUAUACCGGACGACCCGAGAGAAUGUCGAAGAUGCUCCUUACUCUCGGUGAGACCUGGGUAGCUAUUGAUAAGAUGGCUGUCCACCACAACCCUUUGAUGUUGAAGUACCGCAAUGAAAUCCCUCGUGAAGUGUUCAGCGAUCUCUUAGUCCAUUCGAAGAAAGACAUGGAAAGGCUCCAUCGAUUGGAAGAGUACCUCGAAGAUUCCUCCGGAAAACUAAAGCUAUUAGCGCUCCUAUCAUACGGCCAGAGACUUUCUUUCGCCGUUGAGUACUUUCGACAACUCCCAAAGCUCCAAGAGAAAAAAGAACAGAUCGAGCGUAGUGCACAAAUAGACCGCGAUAAGAAGCUACAGCAGUUCCGGAAACUCAAAGCAAAGUACAACGAUAUCAUGAAGAAGUACGACGACAUGCCAUGCGAGAAGGUCCUUCAGGUUGAACACGACGUGGAGUACUACGUUCAUACCAAGAACAAGUGCGCGCGCUGUGCUCUCCCCGCCAAGGCAAAGAAGCUCAAAUUCAACCCUCAUGAGUGGCCUCUCCCAGCAGAUGAACUGGAAGCUCAAACGUCUGUCUUUGAAAUGGAUGUACCCGUCAGUUUUGCUGUAUGGCGAGAUGCUACGGUUUACUUCCUGGAUAACAUCCUUAAAUUCGAAUCGUCUAGCGCGGGAGACUACCCACGUGCUUCCUUUCCCUUGACGACUUAUAAACCCCUCAGUUCUUGGUGUAAGUCCCUGCGGCAUAGAGUGCAACUCCUCUCUGAGAUUAAACCACACUCUCAAACACACCGCAAUCAGAAAUCUAUCGAAACUUGUACCGAGGCUGAUGUCUGUCUUAAUAACGGCCUCCGCUUUCAAUAUCACGAUAGUUCUAGAAAUACCUUCCUGUCUACCUUCAAACCAACGACAGAGAUCUCAAAGCACUGUACCAUCAACCUCCCUGCGAGAGCUCAUGCCUUGCAAAGAUUCAUGGCUCGAACAUGGCUUUGUGAGAACGGGGAAACACCCAACCAGGCCAUCGCGAGCCAGUUCGAGUGUCCAGAGUACAUGUCGCUUGGGGAGUUUAAGGCUUUAGCUGUUUUUCCUUGCGGAUAUCGCCUCCAGUGGAUGAACAUCCUUACACAGCUUGCUAUGCCGACGGUAGACUUCAAUAAGCCAGAGACUGCGUUAUCUCUACUCCAGAUGAUGUUGCAAGCUGGGCCGUUUGAUGAGGAUGAGCCGACAAGACAUGCGCAUACUCGACCGACAGAGGUGAAAUUCGGUUCGCAGAUUCUGAAGUACUUGAAUGAGAACGUGUCAAGGGUUCAGGAGAAUUGGGAGUCGUACACCUCACUGUGCUCUUUUACCUGCUUGGCCACUAGGCUACUUGCUCUAGCUGAUAAGUCCCUGUCAACACAAAUUCUGGAACUCAUCGAAAAGUGCCGAGAGAACUCUUACAAAUGGGGAAUGCAUCUGUUGUGCAAGGUCCAGGAUAUUGAGCAUCGCACGCAACGGGAGGAAUUUCUCGAGGCAGCAGUGCACAUUGCCCUUGUCUGCAUCGAGACGUUCAAUUCGGAAGGUGACCACUUUGAACAGGUAUUGGCUGAUGAACAGCAAGUGGCGAUACUAUUGGAAAUCUCGAUCAUCGUCCAUAACAGUGCCGACUUUCAACAGUUACAGGGGGAUGCACUGUAUGGCAUCAUGCUCGACCGGUACAAAAUCACAAUGCAUAGAUCCCUACCCAUUCUGGUUAAUGAAAUAACCUCCAAGAGAAGUUCAUGCCUUGACAUGGCUAUCAAGCGACGAUGGCCUGAUUUUGCACGAGAGGGUGAGUGGUCCUUGAUCUCUGAUCAUUGGGUCACGGAAAUUACUGGAAACCUCCAAGUCCACGUCAGCCUUCUCACAGGACAGUUUUUGGUUAAUGGAUCGCCUGUUUCACGACUUCCCCAGAAGUAUGAGACUCGCCAAGAGUAUCAGAAGCUAUUCGGGUCUGCGACAAUGGAAGUCAUGCCGAGCAACCUUCCAGGUAUGAGUUUCUGCGCGACCAAGAUGUUCCACGGGUACACGGUGCAUCUUGGUAUGCAGACAAAAAAGGGGGUUGACGACCUUCUUGUGCGUCUUUCCAAGAACGGCUCGACGCUGGACUUGAUACCGUCGAUAAACCUCCAAGGCCUACUUCCCGAUGACUUCACCGAUAGUCACGUUCAUUGGCUUGAGGAUGCGUCGGGAGAGGUUGGGUUCUGCCACGUCAAUGACCCUUGGCCAAGCAUGAAGAAGGAUAUUUGGCACUUACGAAAGGACAGUGACACAUGGAAGUUAUCACUUGGUAAAGAAAGUGUGCUCGUAAGUCCAUGGAGUGAGCUUGGGCAGAGAAUCUCUCGUAUCUUCUCACCACUUCAGCCUGCCUCGGACUUACAUCUGGUUCUCCAUCAACAAAGCAAAGAGCUUGAGGUCCAGCUACCAAAGCUCCGCCUUGAGUUCAUGAUCAGAUCAAAGACAUCCAACAUCAAGUCUCGUCAAUUUCGGGAUAUGGAGGUUGAUCAAAACCAAGCCAUUGGAACCCUCAUUGGCCUUGAGAACAAACUCGUUCUAAGAAAUUCCCAUGAUUCUCAGAUCAGGUCGGUCAUCAUACCCGAAGGAAACGCUAGUUGUCAAAUGUCUACUGGUUACGGGGUCGAGAACCACGUCGAAGUCACUCUUGAUCGUGAGGCAGCAAGUCGAGUUCAAACCUAUAGACUAGAUCCCCUUCUUCGCAGGAUCGUACCCAAUGACAAGGUAGAAAGCAAGUUGUACCUUGCCUACCUCCACGCUCUGACAUCAUACUGUCUCCCGGAUCCCUUCCUCCAGCGCACUGGAACCGAAGAAGCUCUCGCUAUUCUUGGUUCCGCCUCAGUCAGAACUCCUACGGCAUUCUCAGAAUCGACGUAUACAAUUUUGUCGAACAUUGCCCAAUUAUCACCAAAGAGAUCAUACUAUCCCGCUGAUCGACGGGAGAUGCAGAGGGUACGGUGGCGGAAUGACCUGAGCUACAACAUCCAAGAUGACAGAUAUGGGAAGGAGGUUCGAAAUAUCUUGAAGAAAUAUCGUGAAGUUCAGUUCCUGUUUCCCAAGAACCCUGUCCCAAUCAUAGACCAACACCGCUCGAUAGAAGAGUUGGUAGAUCGCGCUAUUCUUCGAACAUCUGUAACUCGAGUCUCUGGCUUUGGUGCAGAAGACUUUACUACGAAACAGGAUGUCAGAUACGCGUCAAGGGAGAAGAGCAAAUCGCUCGAAAGGUCUACACGCACCGUGGAGAUGGCGUACCGAGUAUACAAUAAGUCCUGCACCCUUUCAAGACCAGUAUCUGGUAGGCUUGGCCAUCUUCUCUUCAGUCUCAUGAGCGGCGACGAGCGCGUACACACUAAGGAGAUCUUGCCUAAAAGCAGAAUCGACUACGACUCAUCUUGGCUACAAGGCCCAGAAUCAUACCUAUCGUCCGUAUGGUUCCAGCUUCACAAUUCAUACAAAAAGUCAGUCACCUGGUUCGACAAGUACGAGCUGAUGAUGUGGAUGGCCACAAUGUCGUAUUCCUCAGAGUACGAUCCCCAAGUUGGCCAGGCGCUGCUGUUGCUCACCCAGUUCCGAUCAAUGGCUGACUGCAAACCACUCGGUGCAUCUUCAUACAAUCUAACAGCUGGCUGUCAAAUUCGAGACGAGGACUUGCGAGCCGCGAUAGCACCAUUUGUAGUUAGUUACGCAAGCAGCCCCGAUGCUAUAUCUGCUCGUCGUUUCGAUGAGAGGAGCAGCGAUGUUGGAAAGAGGCGAAGAGACGACUACAGAAAGAGAAGCGCUAAAGCCAUUGAUACGUUUGUGAAACACCUGCAACGUCAAUGGCCUUCUGAGGAUCCGAAAAAGCCGGAAGAUCCAUACAUGGAAUUGACGUCGUAUAUCAGGAUGGGACCCGCCAUGGAAAGUGCCCUUGGAAAGUGGCACCAGUGGCUGAAGAACCUUCGCCUGAGGAAGCAUCUGGAUGUAGUAGCUGGUUACAUGAGAGAAGACGUACCGGGCGAGUUCAAACAGGUGUCACUAGUACUACCAAGGACGUUGAUUCCCACCAACAGACCAGUGUCAAGAUUUGUGGCUACGUCAGAUCUCUUCUCAUCCUUGGGCGUUUUGCAUCAUAGGACUCCUCCGGCCUUGGGUCAGCUUCUGGUGAACUCGGAGAGGGACAGACAGAGCAACAAGCUCAGUAGUAUCAUUAACAACCUUGAUUCCAAAGCCAAGCUUGACUAUGAGCACAGGUAUUUGAGGGAGCUAAAGGAUAGUCUUUCGAGUUUAGAUGGCCAUGUCGAAUCUGAGUUGAAGGGGCAUCAGCUUCGAAAGCUCCGAAGCUUACUUCAAGACCACUUGGAGAGAUGCGAGUCUCACCUAACAAAGCUUCAUGAGACUCUGCUCUCUUCCCUCCCGUCUUCAAGUAAACUCUCACACGCGAUGUAUACUAUCCUUGAAGAAGCUGGAUUUCUUCCUAGGAUGUCACCCACUCAAAUGUUACAGCAACUCAGACCAGCCCAAUGGAAGGUCCUUUCUGCUGGAUGGAAGGAAAGUCUAAUCCACUACGGAACUGCGCUCACUUCAUUACAACGAGCCAAACGUCUAAUUCGGUUCCAGUCCAGUCACGUCGAUCUUAUUCGUGAGCUCGAAAACGGUGGCCAUCAAAGCUGGUGUCCCUUUGACCAUCCAGAAUGGCUACUACUGGAAUGCGAAAUGAUGCAGCUCAACAUGGGCGAAGGCAAGUCAACAGUCAUCGUACCCAUUGUCGCCACAGCUCUUGGAGAUAGGACGAAACUUGUUAGAGUCAUUGUCGCAAAGCCACAGGCUAAGCAGAUGCAUCAGAUGUUGAUAUCCAAGUUAUCAGGACUCCUUGAUCGGCCGGUGUAUAUGCUUCCGUUCUCUCGAGACACCAAGAUGGAUCUGCAAACGGCAAACACUAUCCAGUGUCUCAUGAAACGGUGCACCCAGGAGGGUGGUGUCUUGAUGGUGCAGCCAGAGCAUCUGCUUUCUUUCCAACUGAUGGAGUUAGAAUUUCGAAUCCGCGGAGACAUCCAAGUGGCCGAAGCAAUGUCGCAGACAAGAAAGCUUUUUGAUCGUUCCUCUCGAGAUAUCGUCGACAAGAGCGAUGAGAAUUUCAGUGUCAAGUUCGAACUCAUCUACACUCUUGGAAAGCAACGGCCGAUCGAACAUAGCCCCGAUAGAUGGGUUAUCAUCCAGGAAGUCAUGGGCCUCAUUGCCAAGUUCGGCCCUGAGAUAAAGUCCAAGUACCCGUAUUCCAUCGAAUUUGACGCCCGGCAUGUUGGGAGAUAUCCUCGCCUACGAAUUCUACGACCUAACGCUGAAGCUGAAAUCUUCAACCGUGUCACUGAGAUGAUCUGCGAGACUGGUAUGGCCGGUUUCCCCAUCGCACGCCAGCCCAAACGGAUCCGAGAUGCAGUACAACGAUAUAUUUCUCAGGCUGAGCCAACAGCCUCCGACAUAGAGGCUGUGGAGAAAAGUUCCCUCCGGAGCGAAACGGUGAGUAGAAACAUACUCCUUCUCCGGGGACUCUUCGCUGGGGGAAUUCUUUCUUUCGCACUGGGAGGUAAACGGUGGAGAGUAAACUACGGUGUGGACCAUAACAGAGAGAAGAUAACCAAACUGGCUGUGCCUUUCCGGGCAAAGGAUAACCCAACACCUCGAUCGGAGUUUAGUCAACCUGACGUGGUGAUCACGCUCACCUGUUUGAGUUAUUACUACAGUGGUCUCGACGAUGACGCUUUAUUCGCGGCAUUUGAGUUACUGAGUAGAUCGGACAGUGCCACUCAGGAGUAUCAAGACUGGGUCAAGACUGCACCAUCGCUACCACAAGCCUUCAGGAACUUGGAAGGAGUCAACUUGAGGGACCGGGUGCAGUGCACUACUGAGAUCUUUCUCCAUAUGCGAUAUUCUAAAGCGGCGGUUGAUUACUACCUAUGUCAUCUGGUAUUCGCAAAAGAGUCCCAAGAAUUUCCUCACAAGCUGUCAGCUUCUAAUUGGGACCUUAGUAAGAAGAAGGAUAACCCUACUACAGGAUUUAGUAAGACCAACGACUCGCGAUAUAUUCUGCCACUCGAUAUAAAACAGCUCGACCUACCUGAGCAGAAGCAUAUAAAUGCUCUUAUUCUAGAAUACCUACUCCAGCCAGAGAAUGGAAUCUCAUUAAUGCCCCAAGAAGCAAAGGGCACCACUUUCGACAGCAGUCUUCUUUUGCAGAUGGUGUCCAAUAUGAGCCCUAAUACCCGUGUUAUUCUCGACGUUGGCGCCCAAGUCGUUGAUCUUACCAACCAGGAGUUUGCCAAGCGAUGGUUAGCCUGCUAUCAGGAUCAAGAUUCCACUCAAGCUGCGGUAUUCUUCAAUGACAGCGACGAAAGUGUUGUUAUGGACCGUUCAGGCAAGAUCGAAGACUUCCAGACCUCCCCGUUCUCCCAGCAGCUGGAUCUAUGUCUCGUCUUUCUGGAUGAGGCACAUACCCGCGGAACGGACCUGAAGCUUCCCGCCGAGUAUCGUGCUGUGGUCACUCUGGGUGCUGGUCUGACGAAAGAUAGGUUGGUUCAAGCUUGUAUGCGGAUGCGCAAGCUGGGUAAGGGACAGACAGUGGAGUUCUGCAUUCCGUGGGAGAUUGAGCACAAGAUUGUUCAGCUCAAGGGUGAAAGUACCCCCAACAGAAGCAUCUCUGUUUCUGAUGUCCUCUGCUGGGCUAUCACUGAGACAUGCCUUGACCUGAAGAGGGCUAUGCCACUGUGGAUUACGCAGGGCGUUAGGUUCUUUAAGCAAGAAGCCCUCUGGUCCCGCCUCUCUGAUGAGAACAUCAAGCCGGAUGAGUUUCUCGAAGAGGAGGGACAGAGCUUGAGGGAAAGAUAUUUUCCCCAGAAAGGUCUGGCCGACCUUUCUUCACUCACAGGAGGGCUGAAUGACUCCGUCGCAAAGGUCUUCAAGUCCCCAUGCGAAGAGUUCGGCCUGGAAAGGUUACGCACUUACUCUCUGCAGGAGGAACAAGAACGAGAGCUGGCCCCAGAAACACAACACGAGCGACAAGUCGAAAAGGUCCCGGCCCUGAAGCCCGACACCCAUAGUGUCAACAGGCUUUUGCAGGAGUGGAUAGCAGAUGGCUCAUUCCCAGAGUCCUCCACCGCCUUCCGAGCUGUAAUGAAACCCGCGUUCCAAAGUCUGAAUAAGACUUCAGCAGCUGUCCACUUCGACGUCAAGGAGUUCCCUGAGACGGUAUGGGUGAGUAUGGACUUUGCGCAUACUGUCAAAGGUGCGUUUGGUGGGAAGAACUUCUUGGACUCUUAUCAACGUCCUGUACAGUGGGUGUUGGUUGGUAAGAACGAGGAGGGUGCUCCUCGAAUAGUGGUCAUAAGUCCAUUUGAGGCGCAGCACUUUCUUCCGCUUAUCGAAGAGUCAGAAUAUGUUGCUCUCCACCUUUACGCGCCGAGGGUCAACCUUGCCUUUCGACCGGUGGAUGACCUUCAGCUGUGUUCCGUGGGGAAGAAGGUCGUGGAGGAGAUACCGAGAGACAUCAUUACGUUUCUCAAUCUCUUUGCUGGGCAGCUUUAUCUGUCGUCUUAUGACGACUACAAGCUUGUCUGUGACAUGCUUUGUUUGGCAUGGGACAGGCUGGAUGACGAUGCUGCUGGUGGUAGUGGGAGUCAAUGUGGUUUUACCAAGAGCCCUGCGAUGUUUCUGAAGGAGCUUCUGGAAAAGGUCAGGCAGGACUGUGGGACUAUUGACAAGACGGACAUGGGAAGGGUUAUUGAAGGAGUGCGUUUGGUUGAGGAUGACUUCGAUAACAGGUAUGCUCUUUAG